CGCGCCUUCAGAUGAAGUUCAGAGAUGCUGCUGACGGGACGCACCGCUCUCCUCCGCCGCGUCUGAAAGUGCUCGGGUUUGCGAGAAACUUCUAAGCGGCAUCUUUUGUAUCAGAGCGACCCCGAAGACGUUCUGUGAAGCGUCGUGAUGAUGAUGAUGAUGAUAACGCCGGGUUUAACGCGCGUUUGUGCGGUGAUCGCGCUCGUGAUGUGCGCGUGCGGCGCGUGCGAGGCGGGAUGCGCGGACAGACCGGCACCGAGAUGCUGUCCGGGACGGAAUAACGAGUGCGUGGAGCGGAGCGCGAGGAGAAGCGUGUGUUACUGCGACGCGUACUGCCGGAGGAGCGGCGACUGCUGCGAAGAUUAUCAGACCGCGUGCCACAUCUCAGCAGCUAUAGACUGUGAGGUGCGGCAGUGGGGUCCCUGGUCUCCGUGUUCGUCCGUCUGUGGGGCGGGGACUACAGAGCGAAGCCGACAGGUAGCCACGCCCCCUCACAACGGAGGCACGCCCUGUCCCGACCUCAAACAGCGCCGCGGGUGUCUCGCACACACCGAGACCUGCAGCGCAGCUAAAGAAGUGGCCAAAAUCCUGCCUGACUCAUUCAAGCGGAACUUUAAGGACCCUUGGAGACGGCCGCACAUGCUUAUGAAGGAGGAGAAGAAGAGUUACUGCGUGCAGAUGCGUGUGAAGCAGGCGAGCGCUGCGUGUAAGGUGAAACCGUGGAGCGCCGGAUUGGUUCACGAGCGAUCCGUGUGCGUCGAAUGUCAGAGCGAUGCCAUGACGCCCGAUAACCGCUGCCGUGGUGACGGGCUGCAGAACAUCAGAUCCUUCUGGUCGGCCGCAUCAGCUCCGGGUUGCUCUGGGUCGUGGGUUCGAGAGUCAUUCACUGAGGACUGCCGGUGUCCGUCUUACUCCAUGAUUUUCGUCUGAACCAAAACACACUUUCAAGCUCAUUCCGAGGGACACGGUUGCUUAAAAUGAAUCCUGGAGAGCCUCUUACAUCUGAAGCCGAAUUCUCUCCAUCCAAAGUUAAGCAAUCUGUCACUUUCCCGUGCCUCCAAUAACCAACACACAACGCUGUUCUUCUGAAGCUCUGCUGUCUACCUCCGUGCCGCACCUGCACCCGUCUCUGAAGCCUUAGAAUAUAGAUUUCACUUUGUCCUGUUUUCUACUCUCUUCUCUCUUCUGAUUCAUACGUACUGUAUUUAUAUACAGUACAGGUCAAAAGUUUGGAAACAUUACUAUUUUUAAUGUUUUUGAAAGUAGUUUCUUCU